AAAUGGAGGAAGAUAGAUUAAUUGAAGAAUGCCAACUCUAACGACGUCGCUUGAGUCAAAUGCAGCAGCAAGGAAGGAAAGAGAAAGCCGAGAAACUUGCUUCCAUCCGCCAUCGGCUUCAAAAGGCUUUAGAAGUCGAGGAGCGCCGGCGACGUGAAAGAGAAGAGUUAUGGAUCGAAUACGGUUGUGAAGAGAAGGGAGAACUGGAGGACAAAAAAGCUGAAGAAUUAGAAAAGAUGACUCAAGCCCAACGAAUCAAAUGGAAUGAAGAUAUGGCUGAACAAUUGCGCCAGCUCGAGCUUAAAAAGAAAGCGCAGAAAGAAGAAGAACUUAACGAACGUUUAUGGAUGCUGGAGCAAGCUGCGUUGGAGGAAAAGGCUGAACGAGAGGCCGCUGAACGAAGACACAAGGAUCUCACGCAAUUGCAGAAAGAACAGGCGGCCUUACUCGAAGAGCGACGUCAGCUGAAGAAAUUGGAAUUGGCCGAGAAGGAGGAAGAACGACGCAUGGAAGAAUUGCGUCAACAGGCCGAAGACGAAGCGAUCGCAGAGGAAAAAAGAAGAAUCUUGGAGCAAUCAUAA